GUCCUAUAACUUCAACUGUCCUCCAUUGCCAUGUCGCGCUACCCUUACGGCUUGUCUGCGGACAUAACACCGACAAACUCGCCUUCUAAGCUCACGAAGGCACAGAAGUCGAGAGCACGACGCGAGCCCUCCGGCGUGUUCUCGCUCUUCUCCCCUCCCCAGAUCCAGCAGUUCCGGGAGGCGUUCUCGCUCAUAGACCACGACGGCGACGGGAUUGUCGGAGAGCAGGACCUGAAGCACAUAUUCAGCUCGCUGGGCAUAUCGCCCUCCCGCUCGACACUCGAACAACUGCUCGCUGACCGCCCGGGCGACCGACGCGGCAGUCUGGGCGGGUCGCACUCCCGGGGCCCCUCGGACGAUGGCGGGUCCGACCGCGGUAUCACGUUCCCGAUGUUUCUGACGAUGAUGGGCGAGCACCUCUAUGACUUUGACGCAGACUCUGAGCUCGUUGCUGCGUUCGAGUGCUUCGACGAAGGGGACACGGGCUUCGUGAAGUGCGACGAGAUCCGGAAGUGGCUCGGGGAUGUCGGUGAGCGGAUGGACGAGCAUGAGAUCGACAAGCUGUUGAAGGGUCCUUUCACGAGGAACGGCCAAUUCAAUUACCGGGAGUGGGUCAAGGUACUCAGAGUCAACACGGACAACGAAGAGUCAGAAUCGCAGUAGCUGUCCAUGUCAAUCCGGACGCUCUGUAUAAUAGGAUGCUGUAUUUGUCACGACACCGCACGAUGUAUACCCUGAAAGCUUCGUUCAUCGCUUGCUUCACAAG